UGAGCAUCGUCACACUCAUGUAAACACUGAAAGUAAACAGUAUGAUAAGCGGGAGAGGUGUGUGUGGGCCGUCAGUUGACGUCUGCGCCUCAAAGCUGUGCAUCACAGCGCGUGCGCGACUCGCCAUCACCCAUCGCCUACAAAAGUCAGUACUUGGCGUGUAGGUGAGCAGUAGCCCUUCGCCAUGAACGCUAGCCAACUCCGCCGAUUUGCUUCUCCCGUGGUGAAACCAUCAUUAUGCCUCUGUUUUCGCCACUACAGUCAAGUGAGACCCGUCUAUGUUAUAGACCAAGCUGAUAAAUGGCGUAAUUCAGCACCGCACUUCUAUUCUGUCCAGUCCGUCGAUAUGAGACAAUACUCGUUCGUGCACAACAUCGAUCCCAAAUCGGUACGAGAGGGCCCCCACAAAAAUGCUGAUGACGUUUUGUUCGAUAUGUUCAAAAAUGAAGACACCGGACUUCUUCCUGUGGGAAAGUUUUUGGCCGCCCUGAGAACCACUGGAAUUAGGAAGAAUGACUCGCGCGUCAAAGAUGUCAUGCACAACUUGUACAAAGUGCACAAAGAAUCAAAUUUCGAAGGAGGUUCUCCAGAGACUCUAAAACUGGACCGCAAUACUUUCAAAGAAGUUAUCGCACCGAAUAUCGUGCUCAUCACAAGGGCUUUUCGCAGUCAGUUCGUCAUUCCUGAUUUUCAAGAUUUUAUCAAAGAUAUCGAAGAAAUGUACUGGGCAGCCAAAAGUAACACGGAUGGCAAAGUCGCCAGCUAUAUUCCACAACUAGCAAGAGCCAGCAACGAGAACUGGGGCGUUAGCAUUUGCACCAUAGAUGGACAAAGAUUUUCCAUUGGUGAUGUAACGGUGCCUUUCACUCUGCAGUCUUGUAGCAAGCCGUUAACAUAUGCGAUGGCUCUGGAGACGCUGGGCCCCGACGUGGUGCACAAAUAUGUUGGCACCGAGCCCAGCGGACGGAACUUCAAUGAACUCAUCUUGGACUACAAUAUGAAACCGCACAACCCUAUGAUAAAUGCCGGCGCAAUUUUAGUUUGUUCGUUGUUAAAAACCUUGGACAAGCCCGAGAUGACACUUGCUGAAAAGUUUGACUACGUCAUGUCAUUCUUCAGCCGACUUGCUGGCAAUGAAGUUUUAGGUUUCAAUAAUGCAGUAUUUUUAUCCGAACGCGAGGCUGCCGACCGCAAUUAUGCCCUCGGUUUCUACAUGCGUGAACACAAAUGCUACCCGGAGAAGACUAAUCUUCGCGAAUGUAUGGAUUUCUAUUUCCAGUGCUGUUCCAUGGAAGCCAACUGCGACAUCAUGUCUAUAAUGGCAGCAACACUUGCGAAUGGGGGCAUCUGUCCAAUAACAGACGAGAAAGUGCUCCGACCUGAUUCAGUCCGCAACGUAUUGUCGCUCAUGCACAGCUGCGGGAUGUACGACUAUUCAGGACAGUUCGCUUUCAAAGUGGGACUUCCCGCGAAAUCAGGAGUUUCGGGAGCUAUGCUGAUCGUUGUUCCUAAUGUGAUGGGUAUUUGCACGUGGUCGCCCCCACUCGAUCCACUCGGAAACAGCUGCAGGGGAUUACAGUUUUGCGAUGAAUUAAUAAAGCGAUUCAAUUUCCACAAAUAUGACAACAUUCGCUAUGCCAGUCACAAAAAGGAUCCCCGGCGAUACAAGUUCGAGUCCACUGGACUCAACAUCGUGAACCUUCUCUUCUCUGCAGCAAGCGGAGAUCUUAGUGCUCUCAGAAGGCAUCAUCUUUCCGGCAUGGACAUGACGUUAUCGGACUACGACGGGCGCACAGCUUUGCACUUAGCUGCCGCGGAGGGUCACCUGGCUUGCGUGGACUUCCUCCUCGCUCAGUGCGCGGUGCCACACGAUCCGCGCGACCGAUGGGGCAGCCGGCCACUCAACGAAGCGGAGACAUUUGGCCACACUGCCGUAGUACAAUACCUUAAGGAAUGGGAACGGUCCCACCCAGAGAAACCAGCCGAAGCAGCUAAUAAUUCCACAGCCGAUGAAAUCCUCGAAGCAAAGCCAGACGCUGAUGACGCUGUUAAAGAUCCUAGUAUACAAGAAAUAGUCACUAGGAAUGGUGAUAAAGUACAGUAGGUCAGAAUCUCAAAAGCCCUCCGGGAACUAGGAUUGUCUAUUUAUAAAUAAAAUUUGUAGGCUAAGGAUAACCAGCUUAGACAUCUAUUCAUUGUCUAUGUUUAAAGACAAAUUGUAGUGUUGCAUUUGAUAAAUAUACUAAUCAAAUCAUAUUCAGUAAUCGGAGUACAUUGUAUUGAAUGUCAAAUUAUUGUAUAGACUUUUAUCGAUUUUGAAUAGAUGUGAUCUUUAAAAAUUUACACCAAGCUGCAAUUCCGCCAAGACACAGGCAUUAUGGAUUUGGAUAUUUGUGAUUUGUGGCGUCCAUUAGCUCAAAGAACUGUGAUGUGUUGAGACAUUAAUAAAGAGAAAGGUUUAAGAAAAUGAAUUGAUGGAUUUCAAGUGGUACCUAUGUACAGAUAGCACUUGGUAAGAUAGCAGUAUAAAAUAUUGCGUAAAAUAAUAUACUUACUUACCGGCUUUCUAUACUUAUUUUUAAUAAUGAAUAUAUUAUGUUGUAUUUAAUUUGUAAUGCAAUAUCUUUUGCUAUAUUUGUACAAAAAUAAUUGUUUCUAUUUAAUUGAAUUCCUCUGCAAUAAGCCAGCGUUAAAACAAGCCUUUUUAUAAAAUUAUUUUUUAAAUAAAUUUUUCAAUGAAAUAUUUAUGAACUUUUUGACAUUCCAUUUUUAUUAAACAUUUAUUCUGAUUUAACUGUAUGCAUGCAAUUUAUUCAUGUCACUCACGUUUAUUAGUUUUAUGGGUAUCUUCGAAUUUCCACAUAAAAUAAAUGUGGUAAUUAAUUGCCCUAAUACUAAGGAAUGUUAAAUUAACUAUAUUACGCAAAUAUAACCUAUAUUCUAAAAGACAAUAAAUAGUUGUUAAACAAAAUAAAUAAAUGUUACUACAUUUAGAAGUUACUCUUUACCUAUCUUAUUGAUGUUGUCCAAAAUAUUCAUCAGUGAAGUCAAUUAAAUUGUUGAAAAGAAAUCUUA